CAGAGCAAUCAACAGAAGAGUGAAUCGAGGUUUCAUAGGGGAGGGGGAAAGCAUGAUGUGUCACUACAUUCUCCCUGCGGUCACAGUAUGAUUUGUAUUAUUUUUCCACAUUGGCUUUUAAGUAGAGCAGCUCUAUGGAAAAGCCAUUAACAUGUUUCAGAAAUAUCAAAAGUUAGUAGGAAAAAGACUAGGCCGUGUUGUUAUGACAACUACAUAGUGGGAAGUGACGUUCGGCAGGCGGCAAACCAGAACUACAUGAAUUUGGUAAAUGGAGGAAAAAAGAGGGAUUUGGAAAACGGGAGGUAACGGCUGAUGUACUUACAUGAUUAUAUUAGCAAUCGUCUUUAACAGUGCAUAAUGAGUGAAGGCUGGAGAGGAGGUUGGAGAGGAGGUGGAAGAGGAAGUCCAUACUCUGGGGGCCAUAGAGGUCGUCCUUGGAGAGGGAGAGGAGAUUGGAGAGGAGGAAAUUGGAAUAGAAAUGCUGGAAGAGAUCCUGCUUGUUUUUCAAAUGCUUCCCCUAAGCCACGAUUGACGCAGAGUACUCUGGAUAAGUACAUUCCUUUCAAAGGCUGGAAGCUUUAUUUUUCUGAAGCUUAUAGUGACAACUCUCCAUUUGUGCUGAAAGUUCAAGCAUUUGAGAAGUUUUUUACAAGACAGAUUGAGCUGUAUGACAAGGAUGAAAUUGAAAGAAAGGGAAGUAUUCUUGUGGAUUAUAAAGAGCUCAUACAGGAGGAGGAGCUUAUUGCAUCAGUACCAAUGUCCAAUGAGCUACGGGACAUGCCUGAAAAAAUAUUGAAUUGUAUGGGACUUGCAAUACACCAGGUUUUAACAAAGGACCUUGAGAGACAUGCAGAAGAAUUACAAAAGCAAGAAGGUCUCCCAACAUUAGAAGCUCCAAUAGUCAACGUGCCUUACAUCCAUGCAAGGGUGUAUAAUUAUGAACCGCUGACACAGCUGAAGAAUCUCCGAGCAAAUUUAUAUGGAAAAUAUGUGGCACUGCGUGGCACUGUUGUUCGCGUUAGUAACAUAAAGCCACUGUGCACAAAAAUGGCCUUUGUAUGCAACACUUGUGGGGAUGUGCAGAGCCAUCCUCUUCCUGAUGGAAAGUACACUUUACCAACAAAAUGUCCGGUGCCAGAAUGCCGUGGGCGCACAUUCAGUGCAAACAGAAGUUCUCCUCUUACUGUAACUGUGGACUGGCAGUCUAUCAAAGCUGGUAGAAUUCCAAGAACGGUUGAGUGCGAACUCAUUGAUGAUUUGGUGGACAGCUGUGUUCCUGGCGACAUGGUGACUAUAACAGGAAUUGUUAAAGUAUCCAAUACUAGAGAUGGAGGGUUUAAAAAUAAAAACAACAAAUGCAUGUUCCUGUUGUAUAUAGAGGCAAAUUCUGUAAGUAACAGUAAAGGCCAAAAGAGCAAAGAUACCGAAGAUGGUCUAAGCCAUGGAGCAUUUAUGGAUUUUUCUCUAAAAGAUCUCUAUGCUAUCCAAGAAAUACAAGCUGAAGAAAAUCUACUCAAAUUAAUAGUCAACUCACUUUGUCCCACUAUAUAUGGCCAUGAGGUUGUCAAAGCCGGUCUAUCGCUUGCACUUUUUGGUGGUUGUCAAAAAUAUGUGGAUGACAAAAAUAGGAUUCCCAUUCGUGGAGACCCUCACAUGCUUGUAGUUGGAGACCCUGGCUUGGGAAAAAGUCAGAUGUUACAAGCGGUGUGCAAUGUUGCUCCUCGUGGUGUUUACGUUUGUGGAAACACCACAACUACUUCAGGCUUGACAGUGACAUUAUCCCGGGACAGCGUUACUGGGGAUUUUGGUUUGGAGGCUGGUGCACUCGUCUUAGGAGAUCAAGGUAUUUGUGGAAUAGAUGAAUUUGAUAAGAUGGGCAAUCAACAUCAGGCUCUGCUGGAAGCUAUGGAGCAACAGAGCAUUAGUCUCGCAAAAGCAGGAAUUGUCUGCAGCCUGCCAGCCAGAACAUCAAUCAUCGCUGCUGCAAACCCAGUGGGUGGGCACUACAAUAAAGGCAAGACGGUGUCAGAGAAUUUAAAAAUGGGAAGUGCCUUACUGUCCCGGUUUGACCUAGUAUUUAUCUUGCUUGAUACUCCAAAUGAAGAUCACGAUCAUUUGCUCUCAGAACAUGUAAUGGCCAUGCGAUCUGGUGCUAAAGAUAAUGUGCAAAGUGCAAAUAUAACACGUACUAAUACCCAAGAAUCAAACACUUCAAUCCUAGAGGUACCAUCAGAAAGGCCCUUGAAAGAAAGCCUAAAGGUUCGGCGUGGUGAGAAUUUUGAUGCAAUACCACAUCAACUGUUACGAAAGUAUAUUGCAUACGCUCGACAGUAUGUGCACCCAAAACUGUCCCCAGACGCAGCGCAAGUUCUGCAGGUCUUCUAUCUGGAACUGAGAAAACAGAACCAAGGCAUAGACAGUACUCCUAUUACUACAAGGCAACUGGAAUCUUUAAUACGUCUUACAGAGGCUCGAGCGAGACUGGAAUUGAGGGAAAUGUGUACAAAAGAAGAUGCAGAAGAUGUUGUUCAAAUAAUGAAAUACAGCUUGCUUGGGACAUACUCAGAUGAGUUUGGAAAGUUGGACUUUAAUAGAUCUCAGCAUGGAUCUGGCAUGAGUAAUCGAUCACAAGCAAAGAAAUUUGUUUCUGCUCUCAACAGAAUUGCGGAAAGAACCUAUAACAAUCUAUUUGAGUUUCAACAACUUAGACAAAUUGCAAAUGAAGUACAAAUCCAGGUUGCAGACUUUGAAAGUUUUAUUGGUUCCUUAAACGAUCAAGGAUACCUAUUAAAGAAAGGACCAAGAGUAUAUCAGCUACAAACUAUGUAGCUGGGCUAUCAAAAAACAUCACAACUUGCUAUUAAGUAAAAGUGAAAUAUUUUUCACUAUAUACUGUCUCAGUCAAUAUUUUAUUUCCUUAGAAAUAACACAAAAAAUGAAAAUGUAUAUUUUAAUCUUUAAUUGAAUGUGUUUAUGUGUGUUUUACAUGUAUGCAUUGUACAUUACAUAUUAAGAGCUUGUUAACAGUAUUUUUAAACUGGAAUAAGACGUGUGCUUUAGUUAUAUGCUAAAAUGGCUUUUUCUUAGUUACUAAAGGUUUACACAAUUUGUCUUCAAAAUAAACAUCUAUUUCAAUAUGCCAGUAAAAA